AUGGCGGAGGGGACGCCGUCAGGGACGGGCAUCUUGGUGAAGAUGGACUCGACGGAGUCGAGGUGGAUCUCCGGGGGAGCCGAGGUGGUGGACUCUGAGCCGGAGGACGGGGAAAGCCUCCAGUCCGAGGAAGAGGACGCGGUGGAGCAGAGGCUGAUCCGCACGGGGCCGCAGGUCGACUCCUUCGACGUGGAGGCCCUCGACGUGCCCGGUGCUCUGAGGAACGACUACGAGGUUCCGGAUCCUGCCCCCGCCAUCUCGCCAGAGCUUGUUGCUUUUCUGUCGCAGUUCUUUCUCUCUCUCUUUGAGGUGGGGAUGGGGUGGGGAGGGCCCUGUUGAGAUUUCGUGCCCUCUGGUUUUGGGUGAAAUUGAGUUUCACCAAACCUUUUCCUUCGAAUUGAUCUUCUUGCUCUCUGCAUUUUCUGGAGUGCUGACGACUUUGAGCAAACCCUAGUUUGCUGGAGUGUCUAUGAGGACGAUUCCUUCUUGUCUACAACUGUAGUUUCCUUGCAGAAGCUACGUUCCUCAGUUGCUUUCUGUGAACCAUCAUUUUGUUCACAAUAUUUCUCAAACAGAUUACGAGACUCUACCUUCUUGGCCCGAAUUAUCUUCUAAGAAACCAAUAUUUCUCUCAUCAAAACUUGAAAUGAACAGCUUGGCUUACAAUAUACGCUUAAACUGCAACCUUUUAUCUGGAGAAAUGUUGUGUUCAUUUCAGGUUAUAGGCUACAUUCAUAGCUUCCAGUUCUCCCUCCCUCUCUCUCUCUCUCUCUCUCUCUCUCUCUCUCUCUCACACACACACACACACACACACACACACACACACACACUCCCAGCCAUUAGAGUCAUACUUGAAAAGCCUCUAACAGCCUCUUGCUUCCACGUUGACUGCCAACUUUCCAUGGAAUGGGGACGAAUUCUGUCUGAACCAUAGCAUCUCAAUUGCAGGACUUUACCUUGGGCAGGAAACUCACGCUCGCUCUCCAGACACUUGGUGUUGUGUUCGGGGAUGUUGGAACGAGCCCAUUAUACACCUUUGAUGUCAUGUUCAACAAGUCCCCCAUUCGGGGAGAUGAAGAUAUCCUGGGAGCCUUGUCUCUUGUCCUUUAUACCUUGAUACUCAUUCCGCUUGUCAAAUAUGUCCUGGUUGUGCUGUGGGCUAACGAUGAUGGGGAAGGUAUGAUAGAAUCUAUCACUUAGAUUACUUCGUUGGUGGGAAAUCAACUAGGGUCAUACUCAUUGGGUUGCUACCUCUUCACAGGAGGCACCUUUGCUCUGUAUUCCUUGAUAUGUAGGCAUGCAAAGGUCAGCCUUCUCCCGAAUCAGCAACCUUCAGAUGCCCGAAUAUCGAGUUUUAGGCUUAAGGUGCCAUCGGCGGAGCUUGAGAGAUCCCUGAAGAUUAAGGAGCGCCUUGAGUCUUCAUUGGUGCUGAAGAAGCUGCUUCUUGUAUUGGUGCUUUUUGGGACUUCAAUGGUCAUAGCGGUGGGAGUUGUCACACCAGCCAUGUCAGGUUGCUAUGACUUUCUUCUUCCUACUUUAGCCAGAACCUGUGCUUCUUCGUAGAUGGGAAGUUGAAAUCGUCAAGAGUUUAUUUGUUUCCUUGUAACCUCAAACCUGCCCGGUCUUCUUAAUUUUUGCAGUCUUGUCUGCUGUGAAUGGUCUAAAAGUUGGAAUUUCUGGAAUUCAACAAGGUGAUCUGCCAAACUUUUUCUUUCAUCAACGUUAUAAUUUUCUCUUUGGAAUAAAGUAGGUUGUGUACUCUUGAUUAUCCUUGAGAUGGUUUUCAACCUCUUUCUGUGUGAUUGGUAAUUGUUUAUUCAACCUGUUGAGUGUCAUGAUCAAUAAAUCUUAUGCUUUUUUUGUUCUUCUGCUGCCAUUAAUUGACAGUGCUCAUGAAUAUCCAUAUUAAUUCGAUCUCUUAUCUUCAAAUCGUUGCAGAAACGGUGGUGAUGAUUUCUGUUGCGUUUCUGGUGAUCUUGUUCAGUAUACAGAGAUUCGGAACCAGUAAAGUAGGACUUGCUCUGGGGCCCGCCUUGUUCGUGUGGUUUUGUUCGCUUGGGAUUGUUGGGAUCUACAACCUCUUAAAAUAUGAGACAAGGGUAUUAGAGGCAUUUAAUCCUAUACAUAUUUUUUACUUCUUCAGGAGAAAUUCUCUCCAGGCCUGGAUGUCUCUUGGAGGCUGUCUUCUUUGUGUAACAGGUACUGCAUACAAGUGAUAACAAAAUAUCUUUUGAAAAACUUGCAAUUGAUGUCACUACCAUGAUGAAAUCUAGGAUAUGUUUUUCAUACUAUUUUUUAUCCAGCUACAAAUAAAUGCAUCAUUUUAAUUUAUAAAUGGUUUAUUAAAAAGGACGUGUUCUUGAUCCCUAUUCUUGAUUAUUUCCAUUAACCAAACCGACAUUGUUUUCCGCACAAGCUAACAUCUUGACUGAUCAUCCGUUUGGAUUAGUAUUUUUGCAUGAGAAAAACAUAUUUUUCUCAAGUCCUGAUGAUCAGUACGGUUUGCUUCAGGCUUUCUCCUUAGAUUCAUGCUCAUGGGUUUGACCAAUAUGGUAUAUUUUACAUGACUUUGAAUAACAUCACUGCUUAUUAAUGGGCAGGAUCUGAGGCCAUGUUCGCAGAUCUUUGCUAUUUUUCUGUUAAAUCGGUUCAGGUAUAGCACUUGUUUGGUCUUUACCUACUAAUAGUGCUCUGUGAGUUCUGUAGCCUUAAUUUCUUUCAACUCCUCUCCUAUUCUGACUGCCCCGACUUAUCUGUGUCAGCUCACUUUCAUCUUUCUGGUUCUGCCUUCCCUGCUUCUGGGAUACCUUGGUCAAGCUGCGUUUCUAAUGGCAAAUCAGUCCCAGGCUGAGCAAGUUUUUUUUUCAUCUAUCCCAAGUAGGCUUCAUCUCCCGUUCAUUCUCUAUAAUUUUCAAGCCCUGUCCAACGUUGUUGAAUUUCUUUUAUUUAUUUAUUUAUUUAUUGAACUGCUGCCCACAAUUGUGCACAGGUGGGGCUUUCUGGCCAGUUUUCAUCAUAGCAAAUGUUGCGGCUUUGAUUGCCAGUCGGGCAAUGACGACAGCCACAUUUUCAUGUAUAAAACAGUCAACGGCCCUCGGUUGCUUCCCCCGUCUGAAGAUCAUUCACACGUCCCGAAAGUUCAUGGGCCAGAUAUAUAUUCCAGUCAUGAACUGGUUUCUGCUCGUCAUCUGCCUCGCUUUUGUUGCCAUGUUUGGAAGCAUCAACGAGAUAGGGAAUGCGUAUGGUACGACCUGCUACCCUCUCCCUGCCUUGUGCGCCGCUUUAGUUAGCUCUUGUUUGAUGAGACGUCCUUGAUACCAUACUUACUGCUUCCCCCUUGGUGAUGCUGCUGCUGUGUAUAUUCUUUAUCACUUGAUGGGCAUUGAGUUGAGCUUUCUCUCUCUAUCCUUUCUUUUCUCUUGCCAGUCUACAGCUCCAGGCAUCAUUUCAUAUUAAAACAAAGCAACCAGGUUUUAGAACCCUAACACAAGUGCAGAUCCAAUGACAUACAUCUGAAUGCAACCUACAUGAUCUACAAAAUACAUAUCAGAUAUCAUAAACUGGUGGAUGGAGUAGUUGGACUGCUGGCUAAAACUCCACCAUGUGAGGUGCAUCAUGAUAAUGCAGCUUACGAGAAUUCGAACCUCAGUAAAAGAAAUUUAAGCAGAUCUUAGCAGUGGCGAUGUGCAAAAUAUUAGCUCAUAAAUCUUUCGAUUCGAUCAUGAUCGCUAAAGCUGUGUUUAAUUGAGGCUUAAAAAUUCGUACUGUAAUAAGCUAUCAUUAGAGUCUAGUGAGAAAAUUCCCUGAGACUCAUCAUGUUCUUCGUUGGACAAUCUGACUGGGGUCAUUCAUGGAUUAUGCUGUAGCAGAUUAAUUUUUAGAGUUCAACGAUGAAGCAGAUUAAUUUUUAGAGUUGAACGAUGAAUAUAUGACUGACUUGUAAUCCUCCUAUCAGCAGACAUGAAAGCAGGCUAACAUUCACUAUGACUUUCACUUUCAGGCUUUCCAAAAUAAUUCAACGGAUGCUCUUUUUUCCCCUUUAUAGGAUAUUCUUGGAUAAUAUUUUAUGCGAAGGACGAACCAUUGUUGAAUUCCUUUUGGAUGAUGUUUGACUGCCAUUCCCAUCCUGAAUUCCUUUUUUUUUAUUUGUUGGGUGCUUCUCAUAGAUACUGGUUUGCUGAAGGAUUCUUCUAAUUCUUGCAAGUUCGUUGCUGUUUCUUAUCCCACUUCGCAAUUUUUGGUCCCCUAUGGUUUUAUGAACUGUGGAAACUCUGUUGGAUAGGGCAUACCGUGAGGUCAUUUAUUUGCAGAUUCCACAGUCUUGGAUCUCAAAACCAUUGAGAAAUCGCUCUUAAGGUUUCAGCAACAUACCAUGAUCAUUUAGUAUUUGACUGUGAUUCAUUCCUCCACCAGUGCAAGCUGUUUUCAUUGUCCCUGUUCCAUCCGACUCCAGGCCCAAGUUCUUGAUCAUAAUGCCUUAUUUUUAUUAAUUUUUAAUAUUUAUCUUUUACCUGAUCUUGUUUUGGGUCUCAUUGAGAUGGAAUGAAUAUGUUUCGCCAAUCAUUUCUAAAAUAAUCCGGGCCAUAAUGAUCACAGGCGUAUCAAUCAGCAAGAACAUAUUCUUCUUUAAUCAAUCUAUGAUAGCUUUUCCUGCAAUAGAAGCCCAGUUUGUUUUAUUUUUUUCAUUAAAGAUGAAUGAUUAAAGUUUCAAUCCCCCCAUUACUCGCCUUAUUCUCAGAGCAAUAUUUUAUUUUAAUUUAUUAUAUUUCCCCCAUGGUUUGAAACCGUGCUCAGGAAUCGCGGAGCUCGGAGUGAUGAUGGUGACAACGGUGUUGGUGACCAUCAUCAUGCUCCUGAUAUGGCAGAUCAACAUCGUCGUGGUGCUGAGCUUCCUCACGAUCUCUCUGGGCUUGGAGCUGCUGUUCUUCUCCUCUGUUCUUGGCAAUGUGGGGGACGGGAGCUGGGUCCUGUUGGUCUUCGCCGCUGUGCUGUUCAUGAUAAUGUACGUCUGGAACUAUGGAAGCAAGCUCAAGUAUGAAACCGAGGUCAGGCAGAAGCUCUCCAUGGAUCUGCUGGUGAAGCUUGGCCCGAACCUUGGUACUGUCAGAGGCCCUGGAAUUGGGUUGGUCUACAACGAGCUCGUGAGGGGGGUCCCCGCGAUCUUCGGCCACUUUCUGACAACUCUCCCUGCGAUCCACUCGAUGAUCAUAUUCGUCUGCAUCAAGUACGUCCCCGUCCCGGCGGUGCCACAGAACGAGAGAUUUCUCUUCCGGCGAGUCUGCUCCAAGAGUUAUCACAUGUUCCGGUGCAUUGCCAGGUGAGUUGACUUCAUACGCUCCUCUUGGGAAUCAUCAGAAAGUCAACCCUGGAUAUUAUUUGUAUCGGCUAUUCUCUUUCGAUUAUUCUGCCCCGUGAGGGGGGGUAUAGCAUGUUCCUGUGCAUUGCGAGGUGUGUUGACUUCAUCCUCUCCUCUUGGGAAUCGUCAACCCUGGAUUUCAUUUGCAUAGGCUAUUCUCUUUCGAUGAUUCUGCCCCAUGAGGGGGGUAUAGCAUGUUCCGGUGCAUUGCCAGGUGAGUUGACUUCACCCGCUCCUCUUGGGAAUCAUCAGAAAGUCAGCCCUGUAUUUAAUUUCUAUGGGCUUUAUAGGCUCUCUUUAGAUGACUCUGCCCCAUCAGAGGGGGGGAUGGGGGGGUUAUAGCAUGUUCUGGUGUUCUGGUGCAUUGCCAGGUGAGUUGACUUCAUCCUCUCCUCUUGGGAAUCAUCAGAAAGUCAACACUACACAAUUUGUAUGAGCUUUAUAGGCUCUCUUUAGAUGACUCUGACCCAUGAGGGGAGGGUAUAGCAUGUUCCGGUACAUUGCUUUGUGCUUGGACUUCAUUCGUUUGAUCGGUAACAAUUAGCAAGUCAACCUUGGAUUUUGUGGGUCUUCCCCAAGAGUUUUCCAAAGUGUUUGCCUAUUGCUUGGUGACUUGACUUUGUCUAUUUGAUUGGGCAUUAUCGGGAAGUCAACUGCGGAUUUUUUUAAACUGGGUUAUUUCGAUUGGAUCUAAAGCGUAUUUGAUCUAAGAGCUUCAUUCAUGAUGGAGAAGAGAAGUCAACUAGGGUUCAGGGUUUAGGAUUUUAAGGAGGAUGAACCCUAACCUUCUUCUUCGGUUGCGGUGGUGGGAUGGGCUGAUUUUUCAACAGGUAUGGGUACAAGGACGUGCGGAAGGAGAACCACCAAACCUUCGAGCAGCUGCUGAUCGAGAGCUUGGAGAAAUUCAUCCGGCGGGAGGCCCAGGAGAGAUCGCUGGAGAGCGACGAGGACGCCACCGACUCCGACGAGGAAAGGGAUGACGACGAGGAGACCUUCUCCAGGCUGAUGAUCAGCCCCAAUGGCGGCGUCUACUCCCUGCAAGCUCCCCUCCUCUCCGAUGACCGCCUCUCAGCGGCGGCAGGGGAGGCGGAGUGCUCCUCCUCUGGUGGCGGCGGUGGUGGUGGUGAUGUGGGAGCGGCGGCGGUGGUGCCGGUGGAGGCAGCAGCGAGGCAGAGCUUGGAGAGGGAGCUGUCGUUCAUCAGGGGGGCGAAGGAGUCUGGGGUGGUGUACCUGCUGGGGCAUGGGGAUAUCAGGGCGAGGAAGGACUCGUGGUUCCUGAAGAAACUGGUCAUCAACUACUUCUACGCGUUCCUCAGGAAGAACUGCCGCAGGGGGAUCGCCACCCUCAGCGUCCCCCACACCAACCUCAUGCAGGUCGGCAUGACCUACAUGGUCUGA